CACUAUAGAUGACAUGUCAUUUUGGAAAAGUCAAUGGGGCAAGGAAAUAUGGGCAGCACAUGGCAGUGAAAACUGCUUUAUUUUUAAAUGAUUAAAUCUAAAAAGAUCAAUUUCCUGGACGCCGUGGUCAUCUUAGCUUCUUGAUUUUUGCAGGCUGUUAUAAUUUUAACAAACAUACAAUUCUUCAGACAACAGUAAGUUUUUUGAGUAAUUGGAUGAAAAUUUCUCAUUUUGACUAACAGAAUUUCCUGAAGCCCUUCUAAUUUUCGUUGGUGAAUUUCCUACACAUAAAUUAUUUACAUGGCAUACCAAGACCUAUAAAAAGUCCCGUUUUGACUCCUUUCUGUUUUUGUCAAUGGGACAUAUACAUUCGUGACGUCAUCGCGUCACGCGACGUCAGGCACUCUGUUUGUUGUCGCUUGGAUCCAGGGGUUCAAGCAAAUUUAUUGUUUUUAAAACAUUCCUUCUUUUUUGUCUUUUUUUCUGUGCCGGACUGUGUUUGUACUGAUCCUCAUGGACCGACCGGAGACUUCACCGAAGUUUCAGCGGAACCGGGCCGGCGGCAGAUAGCUGAGCUCACCGGUUAGCAGCCAGGCUAACUGCGUAGCUAAGCUAGCUGCUGUAGUGUAGCGUCUCACAGCUGGAGGAUGGCGUCACCUUUUAAGAUCCCCAAGAAAAAACAUCCUUUAGGCUCUGACUCGGCCCACCUGCAUAUGCAGUCUCCGCUGUCCCGCCUCCAUAACUCCGCCUCUCAAAAGGGUUUUGGAGGUCCAUCCAGCAGAGGAGGCACUGACCGAAUGCAUGCUGGGAACUCUCUUGGUUCGUCCACAGUUGGGCUCAGGUCGCCGUUCAGAACUGUUGUCAAAACAUUGCUGGGAAUCAGCAGUUCUAACGGAGGUGGAGCUUCAGGAGCCAAUCACAGGACACCAGGAAGUCGGAGCAGCCAAUCACAGCUGGAUGAAAGAGGGACGUCAAUGUCAAAUGGAUGGCGACCUAAGCGAGCAUCUGACCGCCUGCUGCAGCCCACAGACCUCUCAGAGCACUUGUCUCCACCACAGAAGAAGAAAAGCCCUGAAUGUUCAGGUCAGUUGCUGAAUAAAAACAUCUCUGUAGAGUCUGUGGACUCUCUGGCCGAGCUGCGAGCAGAGGAGCAUGCUGGGAGUUUCAGUUCUUCAGUGUCCCAGAGGAAAACUGAGUCCAGCAAAGAUGUGAAGCAUAAGAAUUUGUCCAGCUCCGAACCAAACCAGACAUCAGAAGACAACUUGGUUUCCCCGCACAGAACCAUGUCUGACUCCUCCAGACCCUGCUCUUCCUCUUCUGUUUCCCCGAUGAAGGUGCUGCCGUCUCAGAGGAAGACUCCUGACAGACGACAGUACUUGGACCUAAAGAAGGAUGUGCUGGAGACACAGAGGGACCGGUGGAGACAAUUCAGAGAGAGGAAGACCAGAUCAUCUGAUCUGCACCUGCGACUGAAGAAACCCAAACAGACUCCGAUUGAACCCAUUGUUCUGUCAAGUGAAGAAGAAGAGGAGGAGGAGGAGGAGCAUGGAGAAGUGGAGAAGACAACACAGAGUAGCAGCCGAGUGGACCAAAAAGAAAACUCUGAGAAACUGCAGGUUUCCACUCAGCUCGAUGCUCCACCGCCCUCCUUCCUGCAGCUGGAGUUCUGCUCACUCCAUGCCGGUCUGAUGGAAGCAGAAGCCAACGGCCCGAUAACAAUCACUGAAAAUGAGAUCAUCAUUCCUGUGAAAGGACAAGAAGACAGCCAGGUGACAGUCGUGGCCUCUCAGCUUCGAGGUUAUGGCGUCUGGGAUGGGGGCGUGGCUCAAAGCGGGACUCUGCUGACUGAAUGGGAAGGCCCCGCCCCUUCUUUGCUUUUCCUGUGGGUGUCAGAGCCCCAGGCCAACCUGCUGCAGAGGGAGCUGUUGGCCGUCCAGAGCUUGAGUGCUGCUGCUAACGCCCCGUCAUGCUGCGUCCUCCUCCUGGUGUUGAAGGAGCAGCUGCAGGAGCUACAGACCGCUCUCCUCACCUCGAUCUUGGACAUGGAGGAGUACAAACAGGCCCGUUCAUCCUCCUCCCCCAUCGACUGGACUGACGGGCUGCUGUUGGUCCACAGCUGUCCUCCUCCUGUUGACCAGCACCUCCUUCGCCUACUGGGACACUCAGCACGAUCGUCACAUGAGGCAUCAGAGGGUGAAGACGUGGACGCGCCACAUAGACAUUUUUACCAAAGACUUCCUGUUCGUGCCUGUCAAUCAAGAAGCUCACUGGUUCUUGGUGGUGGUCUGUUUUGCGGGUCUGGAGGAAGUCCAGACAGAGAAGUUUCAGGCCCGUGCAGGUGGAUCAGGGAGAACCACAAGCAAACUGGAUCUCAGCCUGAAAUGCACCCAGCCGCCGGAGUGCACAGAGCAGGGCUGUGAGAAGGACACGGUGACCAAGAGGCCGUGUAUUCUGGUCAUGGACUCUCUGAAGCUGUCGUAUCACAACAACGUCUGCAGGCUGAUCAGAGACUACCUGCAGGUGGAGUGGGAGGUACGGAGGAAGAGUCCUCGACACUUCACCUCCGACAACAUGAGGAGCUGCAGCUGCAGAGUUCCUCAGCAGGACAACAGCAGCGACUGUGGAGUUUACCUGCUGCAGUACGUGGAGAGCUUCCUGCAGAACCCUGUGGUGGACUUUGACCUCCCGCUGCAAUUGCAGAGCUGGUUCCCACGUCAGCAAGUUCGACAGAAGCGUGAGGAGAUCCGGAAUCUGAUCCUGAAGCUGCACCGGACUCAGUCAAACAAAAAAAACUCCAAAACAUCUCUGAGCUGACCAUCUGGUUGUUGUUGCUGUUAAUCAAUUCUAACUUUAUUUUAUAAGGUUCUGUGAAUGUAAAUAAGUUUUUCUGUUUUUUUAAUGUAUAAAUUAAAGUAUUUUGCAUUGGA